AUGCAGGGCAUGCUACUACGGGGUGUACCUGCAGAGGCUGAUCUGGGUGGUGAGACCAGAUCUCUUCCAGCUGCCACCGGCACGAUCAGUGACAAGGAACGACGAAGCAUUCAAUCAACAGUCAAUAAGAAUCAAAAGCUUUGCUCUGAAGCCAGGUCUGAGAAGAUUGAAGCAAGGUCUGAGAAGAUUGAUGGAACAUCCAAGGCUGUGGUAGAUGCGGCGUUGGACAAGAUCGAUGCAGCAUCCAAGGGGGUGAUACAUGCGGCAUUGGAGAAGAUUGAUGCUGCAUCCAAUGUGAUGAUAGAUGCGGCGUCAGAGAAGAUCGAUGCAGCAUCCAAGGUGGUGAUAGGUACGGCAUCCAAGGUAAUGAUAGAUUCGGCGUUGGAGAAGAUCAAUGCAUCAUCCAAGGUAAUGAUAGAUUCGGCGUUAGAGAAGAUCGAUGCAGCAUCCAAGGUCAUUGAAGCCACAUCCAAGCAGCUGGACGCUAGAGCAGGCGAGCAAGAUGGUGACAUGCAGGAAAUGCAGUCACUCGUCCAGACGCUGGUUACCAAGGAACGACAAAGCAAUGGAGAGCUGCAACGUGCUCGGAAAAUGCUGAUAGAUGAACUGCCAAGGUUCGCAAAUGUGCAGGCACAUAUAGGCGUCAAAAGGAUGGGUGAGCUGGAUCUGAAAGCAUUUGCCAAUGCUUGCAUUAAAAAUGUAGCACAAGAGGAGGCACAAGUUAACUCUGCUAUUCUUUGUUCAAGAUGGCAAGCUGAAAUCGCAAACCCAGGCUGGCAUCCUUCUAGGAUAGUUAUGGUUGAUGGUAAAGAGAUGGAGUAUGGUGAGGAAAUCUACAGCUUAGUGACCACGGCGCUACUUGAGAUGAACGAGUACAACCCCAACGGCCGCUACCCUGCACCAGAGCUGUGGAACGGCAAGGAUGAUCCGAAAGCGACACUGGAGGAAGCCAUCCAGUUCCUCCUGAGACAGCUGCAGUCACACAAGAGGAAGCGCCGAUGA